GUCAGGUUUGUUCGGGUGUCAGGUCAGGAUUAAUCAACUCCAUUCUCGGGUCGAGUCAAUUUUGGUUUUCGGGUCAUUUUCGGAUCAAUGUUUAUGAGUCAAUUUCGAGUCAUGGGUCGGGUCGAAUCAUCGGGUCUGGGUCAAGAUUGCCAGGUCUACUUGUAGGUAGGCCCGACCCGACCCGAGAUAUAGAAAGAAUUUUUUGUAACGACCUGGCUCGAACCCGGCCAUGGAUCAGGUCUUUUUUAUUUUUUUUUAUUUUUUUUAUUACAAGAUGGAUCAGGUCUAGUUACCCUUGGUUAUCACCCAUAAAAUUGUCAUCUUUACCUGUCAACCGUUUUUCUCACUCCUCCUGUGAGUGGCAAGUAAAUUCCCAAAUUUCAAACCUAGAGUAAAUUCUCACAACAAUCAUUUUCCAAGAAAUUCAAGCCGUAACAUCUAUGUAUAAACCUUGAAUUACUAUCAAUCCUUCUCAAAUUAACUCUCUAAUGGAGAACAACUACAUUGUAUCCUACAAUCUAAUUGAACAAGUUCAGAUCUUGCUGAAGAAAGAAGCUGGUUUCGACUCUUUCGAUUUCAACGAUCAUUCAAUUGAAUCUCCGCAAUUAUCCUUGUUUCUUGAAGAAGCUAUUGCUGGAUCGAAUCCCUCUAUUGAUGCUUUGCGAUGUAAGAAUUGCAGCGGUGAGCUAUUGCGAGGUUCUGAAUCAAUCACUUGCAUUUAUUGUGGGCAUACCCAAUUGCAUGAUAUUCUCCGUCACCCAAUUAGUUUCAAUAAUACUGUCGCAUUUCAAUGGUUUUUGAAGUCGCUUGAUUUGGAUGGAUUUGAAAAAGUAGGAAUACCACUUGGUGAUCAUGAAUCUGGUAAUAGAGGUCGGAAUUCUUUCAAAGAGGAGGAAAUCUCGUUAUCGGAUUAUCUCGAUCUCCAGCUAAAGGGGCUGAAUGAUUCGAGGGAGUUCGGUGUGCGGAAUGAAGAACGGCUUCCUAGGAAAAUAUUUUUGAGCUUGGUUGGUGUAGAUAUUGAACAAAUUUUAGCUCAAGAUUGUAUUGAGCAUGGAGUUAGUGUUGGAAGUGAACAGAUGGUAACGAGUCGAAAAAUAGGAAAUGAAAAUAGUGGAAAUUCAGGAGAUAGGAGCCUUAGUUUGUUUGAAAACACUCAGUCUACUGAGGCUGUUUUAAGGUCUAGUGAGGGUGAGGGUGAGAACAACGAGUCCUUUUCUGAUUGGGGGGCUGAGUUUCAAUCUUCCUUCCCAGAGUCUGGACAUGAGAAAUCAGCUAGUAGCUCAAUUGCUGAUUCUUUUUCAGGAAGUAAUUUGACUACUUCUGGCAAAAAUCUUUGGAGUAAUUCGAAGUCUGAAUCCCCUUUCAACCCUAAGGUAUCUGAAGGAAAUUUCGUGGCUGAAGGUGGUGGAAAGGCCACUGAGUCAGUCGACGCUUCUUUUGAUUGGUUGCCAGCAGAUCAACGGCCUGCUGUCAAAGAUGAUUCUCCUAAUAUUGACAAGGGAGAUGGUGAUGAAUCUUUUGAUGACUGGGGGGAUUUUAGGAUGUCUACGAGUGAUAAUGUUAGUCAAUGUGAACCAAGCAGUACAACUGUGCCUGGUAUUGGUAGUAGUGUUGGGCUGGUUACAUCUGAUCCGUUUGAUGAUUUUACGGAUUUCGUGGUUUCUAAAGAUAUCAAACAUCCUAACAAUUCUCUGACAGAUCCUGAUAAUGCUUGGAACAAUUUUACAUCACCAAUUACUGGAGGAGAGACUCCUCUUCAGAUCAAUAAAACAAAGCAGUAUGUUUGCACAGGUGAUCUCGCUCCUUUGGAUGGUACCCACUCAGAAUAUCAAGGUGUCAAUGUAGACAGGACCCAGAAUAAUAUAUCUGAUCAAGGUCAUUCAACUGGUUUAUGGAGUAAUGAUAUGCAUUUGGGUGUAAAUAAUGAACUUGGUCAGUUGCAAGGCGGAGAAAGAAAGUUACCUGUAAGUGGGAGUGCUAAUGAAUUUGGUAAUUCAUUUGACUUGUGGAGUGAUUUUGCUGGACUUGGUGUUGAGAACAAAGAGGAGCAAGCUGUCAGAUUCAAAGUGGUAGAUGCGAAGGGAAACGGUCAUCAAAAUGAUUCAGUGACCCUGUUGAAUGAUAAAUCGCUUGAUGCAUGGAGUUAUUUAGCACGAUCUGGUGGUUUUCCUGACAGUAAGCGAACUACUAAUGAUAAUAUAUCACCUGGGUUAUGGAAUGACUUUCCUGGUAUGAUAUCUAGUCAUGCAAAUCAGCAUCAAAGUAGCUAUACAAGAACCACAGAAGAUCAAGCAGUUUUCAAGGAUGAUAAUCUAUUUGUCUCAUGGAGUGAUUUCCGAAGCUCGGGAAUUCCAACAGGAAUUAGUUCUUUGGGACCGAUUGAUACCAAGAGCAGUUCAGAUCAGACUGAUUUCCAGAAAGCUAACAGUCUAAAAAUGGUUGAUGACAAUAGCACAUUAAGUUCAUGGGGUGAUUGUGGGGUCGCAAGAUCUGUUUUACAGCAGCAGCUACAAGUUGCUAGAGCAGGAUCAUCUGGAAAUAAAUUGAGCAGUGAAGAUGGUGAUUUGUUUUCUGGAUUUAGUGACAGCGGUAAACAGUACACUAUUCAACCUGACAAUCGACAUCAUUGUGAUGGAGUUAUGAUACAUGAUGCUGAAUCCACUCGUGAAGAUGAUGAUUCAUUUGGUGCAUGGACUGAUUUUACAAGCUUAAGUAAUUUGCAAGGAAAUCUUCCUAGCUCAGCUAAUGCACCUGAUGACAAGAAAGCUGUUGAGCAUGGGGAUCCAUUUGAUACAUGGAAUGUAAUGGUUAGCUCCUUGAGUACACAAGUUGGUGAAGACAAUGCGGUCGCAGCCUUUAAAACACCAGAAUCAAACUUGCUUUCCUUGAAUACAAAUUCAAAUUAUGUGGGCCCUAACAACCUGAUGCCAUUGGACCUAAAUGCUGGACUGCUCAGUCAUCAAAAUCGUUCUGCCUCAGUUGCAUUUUCACCAAGCGAGGGUCCUGAUUUGGUUAGGAAAUGUCUUCUACAAGUUUCUCACCUUCAAAGGAGAAGAAGUGCAAAUGUGGUGUUCCCUUUGCAAAGCUUACCAGUUGGACAAGGGAGAACCCUGGUCGUAAGUUCAGAACAUGCAAGUUCUACGAUCCUGUAACUGAGAGCAGAGGUUGUAAAGCAUUUGAAUGGGUAGAUGAACAAGAUGGGACAGCCUGGCAAACAGAGGUGAUCAACAAUUUGUUGUUAGAUAAGAAACUGUUGAAGGGGGAAAUUAGUGAUUACAAGAGGGAAGUUGAUGAUCUUGGUGGACAGUUGAGGUGUUUGCUGAAUGAAGUGGACAGGCUGAAAAUGAAAUGCAAGGCUUUAAACUCUGACAGGAACAAGAUGAACAGAGAGAUGCAUGGAAGGAAUGCUAGAUCGGAUCACUCUGUUCUUAGUCUUGGUGUUGGGAUUAGUUUGGUCAUAUUAGUGAUCCUUCUUAUUAGGGGGUUUGUAAUGCAUUAAGUAUAACUUGUAAUGCUAGUAAUUGCAUGAAACAGUAAUAUGGUAAUGUAAUGAUUUAUAAGUGGCAGUGAACCACUAUUGCAAGCAAAAUAAUGUACACAAUUAUGAAAGCAAUGAAUUAAGUAAGUACCUAA